AUGAACGCCUACGUCACCCUUUUAAUAAACGAAUCCUAUGUUCCGGGAGCAUUGGUCCUUGCAAAGGCGCUCAGAAAUAAUGGCACAAAAUUCAAGUUAGCCAUUUUGUUGGACACGUCUACCGUCUCAGCCUACUCUCAGAAUCUUAUCAAGGAGUUGUAUGACGACAUCAUCGAAAUCAACGACGACAAGAUUUUCAUGCCUGUGGAUUUGGUGACGCGGAAACUCGGGCGGCCGCAGCUUGCUGUGACUUUGACCAAGAUUCUCAUUUGGCAGUUGGUUCAAUACAAACAUAUCAUAUACUUAGAUGCAGACACGGUGCCUUUGAAGUCCUUGGACCACUUAUUUGAAAGGUUUGCAUCUCAAAAGCCCACUGAGGUGGUAGCCUCUCCCGACAUUGGCUGGCCUGAUGUCUUCAACUCGGGUUUCAUGGUCAUCAAGCCUGACCCAUCUGUGUAUGCGUUCAUCAAGAACUACUCCGAGCAAGGUGAAAUGGUCUCUUACGAUGGUGCAGAUCAGGGUCUUUUGAACGAGGUGUUCCAUCUUCAAGACCAUGAGGGCUACAAUUGGAUUAGGCUUCCUUUCGUUUACAACAUGACUCCCUCAACUCUGUACCAAAACUCGCCCGCCAUUGAGAGAUUUUUGUACGACAUUCAUUUAGUUCACUUCGUUGGUGCAAUCAAACCGUGGCUUUAUGGCUCUCAAACAGGCACCAUGUUCCAUGAUAUGUGGUGGAAGAUCUUCAACGACAAUUUUCUGGAAGUCGACCGCGUCAAGCUCUUGUCGCAGAAGCCAAAAGAUGGCUUGAAUCUCAAGAGCAGCUCAGGUAGUACGUUUACUGACACAACUUCUAUCGCAAGUGCUUUCAGUGCACUUAACGUCGAGGAGGCAGCCAAGGUUUUCCCUUGGGAGCACAGAGACCCUGUUUCUGCCACCAGAGUUUUUGAUCUGACCUAG